AACUUAAAAGCACCCAGCAGAGAUCCUAAAGGAACAGAUUUAUAAAUAUGCCCAGGAUAAAUGGUAUGGCAGUGACGAGAGCAAGAGGAAUUAUCCACCUAUUUUUCAAUAUUCCUACCACUGUCAGUAUAAUCCAAUUGAACUGGCGACUCUCUCCCGAAAUUCCUCGUAAUCGGACCACAGAAGACUGGCACCACGGCUUUCUACACCUUCCUUUCUCUGCACCCAGCGAUCGCAAGCAACCUCCCGAGUCCAGAUACGUUCGAAGAAAUCCAGUUUUUCAACGCCCACAACUACCUCAGGGGAUUGGAUUGGUACAUGAACUUCUUCCCCGUCGACGCCAACUCCUCAGCCCACUACUACUUCGAGAAGAGUGCGACGUACUUCGACGGCGAGCUCGUCCCCAAGCGGGUGCACGCCCUGCUGCCGCACGCCAAGCUCAUCACCAUCCUCAUCUCCCCAGCCAAGCGCGCCUACUCCUGGUACCAGCACACUAAAACCCACGGCGACGUCAUCGCCAACAACUACAGUUUCCACCAGGUGAUCACGGCGAGCGACACGGCGCCCAAGCCGCUACGGGACCUGCGCAAUCGGUGCCUUAACCCGGGGAAGUACGCGCAACACCUGGAGCGUUGGUUGACGUAUUUCUCGCCGCAGUCGCUGCACAUCAUCGACGGCGAAGAGCUGAAGAGCAACCCGGUGGAAGUGAUGAACGAGCUGCAGAAAUUCUUGAAGAUCACGCCCUUUUUCAACUACUCGGAGCACCUGAGGUUCGACCCUAAGAAAGGGUUUUUCUGUCAGGUGGUGAGCGGGGACCACACCAAGUGUCUGGGGCGGAGCAAGGGGCGCCAGUACCCGCCCAUGGAGGAGAAGUCGCUGAAGCUGCUGCAGAGGUAUUAUUUGAGCCACAACACGGCGCUGGUGAAGCUGAUGAAGCGGAUAGGGCUGCGGAACAUCUCCAAUUGGUUGAAGGAGGACCUGUCGGACUCGUCGGCUUAAGUACGAAAGUGGCUGGACAGUACGGUCGCUGAUAAAUUGAAAUGACAUAUCACGUUUGAAUUUAGGCAAUAUUCUAAAACUGAAAUCAAUUACGACGAUUUUUUGAGGCGUUGGCCACUUUUCGUGUCGUAGGAAUGUUUACGGUGUUUUAGAUAGAACGUGCAAUAGUUUUCCUUACGUCCAUUAUGUGAGCUUAAUAGAUGUUCUAAAUGAAGUAUACCUGCUAGGUUAGUUUCAUUCAAUUCCUCUUUAAGCAUAUCCAUCGACUGAAUGUACUAUAAGCUUCAUGCGUCCCGCGUGUACAAAUAACGGCGGGACGACAAUUUCGUGUAAUAAUUGUGUAUAUAUUUUAUUUAUAUUUAUAACUAAUGUUCGUGCCAUUUUUUGUACAUAUUACAUUAUUGAGUGUGGAGAGUACACAUCACUGUUAGAUAUCUUCAUGUCUAUUUUAUCAGAUUGAUGUAUAUUGCAUGUAAUUUAUAACAUUUUUGGAUUCACACAUUGAUGUAAAUAUUGCAUAGCUGUUAAAAGACGUAAAUGACAAUAAAAAUAUCAAUAUGC